GACCAAGCUGUAAUAGUGGGGACAAAAAAUCGUUUCUCGCUUUCCCAUCUCGAAAUUGUUCACUUCAUUCCUCCGUGAAACCCUAAAUCGGAGAAACGUAGAUGGCUUUCUAAUCCAGUGAUCCUCCUCGGUUAUUUGAUAGACUCCGGCCGGCAAAGCUCGGAAAUUGAAGUGGUGGAGGUUGUCUAUCUUCGCGCGGGCCCGGCGGUGACGAGAAGAGUUCAUCAUUGGGAGGAAAGGUGAAUUUGUAGUCUCUUCGUGAUUUGCUUCAUCAUUGUGGGAAAAGGUAAAUUAGUAGUCUUUUCGUGAUUCUGCUCUUACUUCAUCUUCUCUUUCCAAUCGUUUCGUAGUUCCCGGCUUUGGGAUUCCCAGAAUUAGAAAUUGUCUGUAGUACCAGCAGAACAGCAGGAAGUUAGGGAAAGCCCGAAAAGGGCGGCGUGACAGGCUAAGCCGUCUUCCAGGACCAAUUAUUUAUCACAUCCUUUCUUUCCUCGACACCAAAUCGGCCGUUCAAACCUCUGUGUUGUCCAGAGCGUGGCGAUGCGCUUGGAAACAUGUCCCUGUCCUCAAUCUAGACAAGACUUCCUUCGAGCAGUAUUCGAGUUUCAUUAAAUUUGUGGACAACGUUUUGUCCCUCCGCUAUCCCCUCAGACUCCGUGAGGUCAGCUUCAUUGACAGUGGGACUUGUGUUGUGGUCAGCUUCAUGGACAAUGAUGGGAUUAUGGAUGAACAUGGUGAACGGGAAGAGCAUCGACUGUAUGCGAGGGUCAUCGGAUAUGCACUCUUGCAUGAUGCUCAACAUAUUGCGAUUGAUCUUGAUGAUGGAGAGGAGCCCGGGUGCAGUCCUGAUUUCUUUCAUUUGUUUGGCUCAGUCACGAAAAGCAAUAUCGAAACUCUACAAUUAAGAGCGGUGAGCUUCCGCAAUUCUCAAUACUCUGGUUUUGGAUUCGUGACUACUCUGGAUUUGUACUACUGCUGGGUGACGGAUCUGGAUGUCUUUUCUGAUUCUAACUUCCCUUGUCUGGAGAAUUUGGUCAUGGAGGAGUGUUCAUGCUACAAGUAUACUCGUACGGAAACCAUAUCUGGGCUAAAUUUGGUUAGCCUGAAACUCUUUCCCGUGCCAUCUCAGCGACUUGAAAUACGUGCUCCAAAACUCAACUUCUUGAGCCUUGCUUUCAAAUUUGAAGUGAAGCUGUUAAAGUCAAGCCUCCCUUCUCUUGAGCGUGCUGAAAUUCGACUUAGUUUUUUGUUUAGGUUUGAUCCCGACGACAUUGAGAAGCUACAGUUUAUCUCUUUGUUCCAAGAUUUGCAUAAUGUAGGAUCUCUCACGCUGGAUCACUUGACCGGGCUAAGAUCAUGUGACUAAGGAGGGGGUCCUUAGUCAUGUGACUAAGUGAAUCUCAGCCCUUCCCUCUCAUUAAAAUCCAAUGGCUGAGAUUAAUUUCUUUUAAUGAAGGAUAUAAUAGUAA